GCCAUAGCAACUUCUUAGAUUUUUAAGUUCCAUCAUUGACGUUCCGUAUUGUCUCAACAUGGCACCGAAUAGUGAAGCAUACCACCCCCAAGAUGCCCUCAAAGCAGGCAUCAACGGCGCACUGAUUACAGGAACGGCUGGUGCUUUUGCUUCCGCGAUUCAAAAUAGUUUGCACAAGAAGAAUAUCGGCAUGAUGGGUGUCUUCACCAGGACAGGAGGCACAGCUUUCGUAUUCACUGCGAUGGGAGGAACAUAUGAAUUCACAAAAUACGCAUCUGCCAAUUUGCGAGAGAAGAACGAUACUUACAACACCGCAAUUGGAGGAUUCUUGGCCGGAUCAGUUCUGGGAUUAAGAUUCGGAACAACUCCUGCGGUUCUUGGAUUUGGUACAUUAGCGGCGGUUGUGCUUAGUGCAUUCGAUUAUACCGGCGGUGCCAUAACGGGAUAUAAGAGAGAUCCAAAUGUCGAUGAAUUUGAGCGCAAGGAAUUCUUGAGGAAGAAUCGAAGGAUACCUGUUGAACAGACUGUAGCGGAAUUGGGAGAGGGAAGAGGCAUAUACGGACCAGGUUAUGAUGAGAGAAGAAGGGAGAGAAUCAAGGAGAGAUAUGGUAUUGAAGUACCAGCUAGAUCCUAAAGGGCCUUGUAUUCAUAAUUCGGAGGCCUCAAACAACGAUGUACAUAGGUUUAGGGCUUGCAAAUCACUUUAGAGUUACAGCUCUUUGAAACUUGAAGACCUGCCUUCCAGGCUUACGGGCUGAUGGCGACUUCAUGAUACUGUCCAGCUCAACAUCAUAACUACUGAGAGGGGAUUCACAACACCCCAAUGCAUGAGCGAGCAGUUUCGAGGGUUCACUUUUUGCAGGAGGCAGCACAAUCGGCACAGAUAAAAAAAUUCAUCGACGACGAGAAGCUUUAUCAACACCCGAGUGCACAAAAAUUCAUUAUAAUUCUUAAAUUAGCCACAAUUUGAAACUUGACCAUCAUAAGCU